CUCUCUCUCUCUCUCUCCUUCCUUCCCUCCCCACCCACCACCGCGCCGGGCCACCACCACCCACUCUACCCUCCCCUCCCCACCACCACUAGCACCCACCGUCCCGGCGCGGAGACCGCUUCCCUCCCUCCGCCUCCGCAACCCUCUCCCGCCUCGCCCGCGCCUCCCUCCAUUUGUCCGCGGCUCCCCUCCCUCCCGAUCUUAACCACCCGCCACCCGGCUUCCUCUCCCCCUUCUUCCUCCCUCAAACCAGACGCUCGCCCCCCUUUCCUCCACCGCCUAUCUUCUUCAGACGACCAGCAGGAGGUACGAGCAAGACCACCUAGGAGGCCUCUCUCUCCCCCCAGCCACCCCCGUAGCGAGAGGGAGGGCGGAAGAGGAUGAGCGCGUCCAGGUUCAUAAAGUGCGUCACGGUCGGGGACGGCGCCGUCGGCAAGACCUGCAUGCUCAUCUCCUACACCUCCAACACCUUCCCCACCGACUAUGUUCCGACAGUGUUUGAUAACUUCAGUGCCAACGUUGUGGUUGAUGGUAAUACUGUCAACCUCGGCCUCUGGGACACUGCAGGUCAAGAGGAUUACAACAGACUGAGACCACUGAGCUAUCGUGGAGCUGAUGUUUUUCUUCUGGCUUUCUCACUGAUCAGUAAGGCCAGCUAUGAGAAUGUUUCGAAGAAGUGGAUACCUGAACUGAAGCAUUAUGCACCUGGUGUGCCAAUUAUUCUCGUAGGGACAAAGCUUGAUCUUCGAGACGACAAGCAGUUCUUUGUGGACCAUCCUGGUGCUGUCCCUAUCACUACUGCUCAGGGAGAGGAGCUAAGAAAGCAAAUAGGCGCUCCAUACUACAUCGAAUGCAGCUCGAAGACCCAACUAAACGUGAAGGGCGUCUUCGAUGCGGCGAUAAAGGUUGUGCUGCAGCCGCCUAAGGCGAAGAAGAAGAAAAAGGUGCAGAGGGGGGCGUGCUCCAUUUUGUGAUCUAAUCAUCGGUAGAUGAAGAAACAAGGGCGAAGGUGCCAUGGCUUUAUCAUCGUCGCGUCUUGCUUCAGUGGAACAGCAUGAAUGGUCCCCACCCCCUCUAGGUUUACUGGCGGCUCGGCUGCAGCGAGUUCUCAUCUCUUUGUCGAGGCAUUGAGCGAUAUGUUUGUUUCAUUUUCCUCCUUCCUGCCUUGUGAUUAUCUGGUGUGUGUGUGUGUGUGACUGACGAAGUCGCGGCGAUUAGGUAACUCGCUUAGAAGGUAUUUCCCGUGUUUGAGCAAAAGAAAGUAUCCCUGUUAUCUCUGUUCCAUAAGUUAGACAUGAUGUAAUCGUACUAAGUUUAUUUUUACUUAUUUCACUUGAAUGG